GAUGGCGAGGGUUGCGAUGGGGGAAGGUCGGGGGCGCCUUCGGUGUAGAGAGGGGGAGUAAGCGAGAGGCGCCCGGGAAUGCCGAGGAGAGAAGGAAACAGGCGCCUUCGACGGAGAGCAGCCGCAAAUUUAAAAGAAAAAAGGGGGUCCAGGAAAAGGACGAGCAGCGCCGCAGGGAAAACAGAGGGGCUAUGUGAGGCGCAUAGGGUUUGAAUGACGGGAAAAAGAAGUGCGCCAGGUAGGGAUGGGCGCCUAUAGGAGACAAGGGCGGCGAAGGUGAUCUAAGGUAGUGUGAGUGUGAAGUAGGGGAUCGGGUACGAAAGGGGUAAACAUGGAGGUCUGGAUGCGCCUUCGAGAUAAGAACUAAAAGUGGUAGCUACAUGGGAAUGGGGGGCAAGGUACAAGCGCCCCGAUAGGAAGGGAUGAAGGGGACCAGAUAAAGUUAAGGUGUCGGAGGAGUACCAAGCUUUGAGUUAGGCGCUCAAGGUAUUAAACUUGAGCAACUAACUGGGGGGCAAUUGUUGGGGAUAUUUCGAGGUAAAAGAACUUGCGGCGCGUUAAGAAGCCUGAUGCGUAUGGCAUGCAAAGAGAGCCCAAAAGAGAAGGUUGGCCCGUUCAAAGAGGUCCAAGGGCUGAUAGAGAACCACUCAAGCAAAGCUGGGAGUCCAUCCGGUCGUGACCGAGAAGGCGCACCAACCGGGGCGCCUAAGGAAUCAAGGAUGAGGGGUUGCCUGUUUGAUGGGCACCUGGUACACGACCAUGGGGAGUGGCCGGAUUAGGCGCCUAAGACAAAGGGAAUUGUGGUGACGUGUAGGUCCGUACGGUAAGAUGAACAGUGAACAAUUAUAAAUUGGGUGGUGGGUAAGCAUUUACUCAAUUUGGCUUCUCUCACUAAACUUUUCGGGAAAUAACUUCUCUCUCUAAAGUAGAAGCUGACUUGAUCGUUGGAGGAUUAACGGGCCACGAGGCCCACCUCUGUGUGUGUGUGUGUGUAGGAGGUUCCAUGUGGGCAAGGCGGAUCGUGAGGAGGGAAAUCGAAGAGGCUUCAACACAUGCCAUUUAUGGUGUCAAGGCGGUGACGAUAUUUGUGUGCAGUGUAUUUGCUUCUGCCUUUUCCAGCUCGUCAAAGAAUCUCUUGGAUUUGGCUAUCCCAGAUACAGUCUUGUUGGCUCGGCCUUUUUCAGAUUUGCAAACAAGAGUGAGUGGGGAAAUCAUAGAGUUAUUCCCAUCUGAGAAAUCUACUGCCCUGAAAGAGCUGGAUUCGGUUGAUUCUAUUGUGAAGACUCUGUAUCCUGCGAUUCGAGAUAGGUUGCAGCAACCUCCUGGGGUGGAGGAGGAAGCCUUGAAGAUUUGCUUCACUGAGCUGCAGGGUGGAGCUGAAAAGCUAUCGAAAGGCCUGGACCUCCUUGCUAAACAAGUGGAUAACUUCUUUGAAAUAGUGUUAAGUGGUCGUGAUGCCUUGCUUUGUAAUCUAAGAGUUACUAGUAGUGAUACGAAUGCUGUGACGGGUGGUAAAUAGGGGAGCAGCAAGCUGUUAGAUGAUACUAUUAAUUGCAACCACUCUAUAUACAAUAGUCUUAGGUGUGAGAUGUCUACCCCACGGCAAUGUAUCGUCAAAGGUUUUAUGGUGUUAUUUGUGGCAUGAGCUGUGUGUUAUUUACUUGUUCACUGGGUUGUACAAGGGUUGUGUACCGCGAAACUAACUGUGUAUAAGAAUGAAUUGUUACUAGUGGUCUGGUGUUGUGACAUGUCGGUACUCGUUUCAGGCUGGGAGUUGCUGAGAAUUGUUUAGAAAAAAAUUAUGUACGUAUAACAUGUUUACAAUAUAAUAAGAUCAAACAU